AUGCCCCAGGAUUCCGUCGUUGAGCAGAGGUAUACGUUGAGAGAGACCACUCCCCCUGACCGGUGGCAAAUCCAGGUCUACAUCGUGACGGGCGGCAACACGGGAGUAGGCAAGGAGACGGCGCGGAUCCUAUACUCCAAGAAUGCGCGCGUCUACGUGGCCGGGCGGUCGGCCGACAAGUCGCGCUCAGCCAUCGAGGAGAUCAGGGAGGCCUACCCCUCAUCGACGGGCCUCAUAGACUUCAUCUACCUCGACCUGGCCGACCUGACGACCAUCUCGGCCACGGCCGAGGCCUUCCUGGCCAGGGAGACGCGCCUGGACGUGCUGAUCAACAACGCCGGCGUGGGGUUCCUCGACAGGGCGCAGGAGACCAAGCAAGGCUUCGAGCUGCAGUUCGGCGUCAACGCCAUCGGCCACUUCGCCCUCGUGCGCCUGCUCACCCCCGUCCUGUGCGAGACGGCCAGGACGGCGCCCAGGGACAGCGUCCGCGUCGUGUGGGUCUCGUCGUCCGCGGCCGAGGGCCUCUCCCCGCAGGCUCUGAUGAGCUCCCUGGACCGCAUCAAGGACCUCUACAUCAGCCGCCAGUACUUCUGCAGCAAGGUGGGCAACUACCUCCACGCCGUGGAGUUCGCCGCCAUGUACAGGGAUGCCGGCAUCGUGUCGCUGUCCGCCAACCCUGGCAACCUCGACUCGGAUCUGUGGCGGGACCUCCCCCGUCUGCUCUACGCCUUCCUCCGCUCUACCUUCUUCUACCCUUCCGUCUACGGUGCCUAUACCGAGCUCUUCUGCGCGUGCUCGCCUGAUGUUACCCUCGAAAAGUCAGGUUCACACGUCGCUCCUUGGGGUCGAUUCUGGUCAGACCGCAUCUCCAAGGACAUGACGGACGCAGCAAAGUCCAAGGAGCAGGGCGGAUCAGGCAUAGCCCAUGAUUUUUGGAAGUGGUGCAGUGAAAAGGUUGAUCCUUUCCUGCCAGAGAACCAUCAGCGCACAGUUCAGACCUCUUGA